AAUAUAUUGCCACAUUGAACUUAAAUCUCCUUGUGAUUGGAUAACUUCCCGAAACAAUGAGCCGGCUUUUAAGGGCAGCUUGCAGUGUUAUCACUCCCCAAAUCAGGUGUAAUCCCCACCUGGUGCACAGGGGAAUUAGGAAUCUAUCAACUGGUAUUACAACAAAGACACUUUUGAAACCAAACACCUUUAAGGCUCCAAUAGUGAGGAUAUGCCAUAGUCAAAGUCAACAAAUUGCCGUUCAAAGCGAAAAGGCGGUCGGCAAAUGGUUGAUGGUAUGUGGUGGCAUGGUAUAUUUGGCCGUGGCCCUGGGUGGUGUUACACGCUUGACAGAAUCUGGCCUGUCUAUGGUCACAUGGAAGUUGUUGGGUGAGAAAUUUCCCACAUCCCAGGCUGAAUGGGAGGAAGAGUUUCGCUUGUAUCAACAGUAUCCGGAAUUCAAAAUGAAAAACCAAAAUAUGACUGUGGAUGAAUUUCGUCGCAUAUUCUGGAUGGAGUACAUACAUCGCAUGUGGGGUCGAGCCAUUGGCGCAGUUUUCUUACUACCAGCCAUAUACUUUUGGUCCAAGGGACGCCUGAAUUCCACCACCAAGAAAUUUGUACUUCUCAUGGGCAGCUUGAUCGGUGCCCAAGGCCUAAUGGGUUGGUACAUGGUCAAAUCGGGUUUGGAAAAUCGUUUCGAAGAUGUCAACGAUGUACCACGUGUUUCACAACAUCGUUUGGCUGCCCAUUUGGGUGUUGCAUUUGUUCUUUAUACGCUAUUUUUGUCACAGGGCCUCAAGAAAUUGCUGCCCGCCGAACAAUUUCCCACUGCCAGUUUGAGUACUUUGCGUUUUAAACGUUUUGCCUAUGCCGCAAAGGGUUUGAUAUUUUUAACUGCAUUUUCGGGAGCCUUUGUUGCGGGUCUAGAUGCUGGUUUGGUGUAUAAUUCCUUCCCAAAAAUGGGUGAUAAAUGGUUGCCCGAUGAUAUUUUGGCAUUCCAACCGAUCAAUAAGAAUUUAACGGAAAAUCCUACAACGGUACAAUUUAAUCAUCGCAUUUUAGGUGUUACCACCUUGACUUUGGUCUCAGCUAUGUGGCUGUUGUCCAGACGUACUAGACUACCCAAGCGGGCAUAUUGGGCCAUGAACUCGGCCGCAUUUGUUGCGUGGCUGCAAGUAACCUUGGGUAUUAGUACACUGCUAAAUCAUGUACCCGUCCAUUUGGCUGCUGCCCAUCAAUCGGGUUCACUGUUGUUGCUCUCUUUUGCUGUUUGGCUAUGUCAUGAAAUGCGAUAUUUGAAGUACUUGCCGAAGUAGAGGCAGACGCGUGGGGUGAGAUAAUAUUAAGUUUAAUCAUUUUUUGUUUUCAAGUAUUAUAAGAUAGAGAAUUAAAAACUAAAUGAAUCAUUUUGUUGAACACAAAUUGAUUAUAUAAAAAAUAAAUGUUAUGCUUUUGUAAAUUAAA